UGCGAUGCAGGGAGUUACGUCGAUCAGACGGGUCAGUUCGAGUGCAAGCUCUGCCCUGCCAACGCCUUGAGCCCCAUAGGCAGCAAGAAGCUCCAGGACUGCUACUGCACACCCGGCUACGUCGGCGACCCUGCCACAGGGCUGCCCUGCACGGCAUGCAAGAUCAACUACUACAAGGCUAACCCCGGCAUCGGCUCCUGCGUCGCAUGCCCGCCGAAGUCCUUCACCUAUCUGACGGCCUCCUCCUCCAUCCAAGACUGCUACUGUGAGCCCGGUUACUAUGCGGUGGGGCUGGACCAGGGGCAGCUGACGUGCGAGCGUUGCCUCCCCGGCUACUUUUGCAAGGGAGGACAUGCCGCAAUGGCGAGAUGUCCGACUGGCAUGUGGUCAACGGCUGGCAACGACACCUGCCAGGAAUGUCCCUUCGGGUCGGAGCUGGCAGACGUUCCUCAGUCCGGCACUGUGCAGGACUGCCUCUGCGCUCGUGGGUACUAUAGCGCCAACAACGAUGCCUCCCCGCCAUGUGCGCCUUGUCCGACAGGGUUCUUCAAAGCUUCGACAGGCUUGAGCUCCUGCCUAUCUUGCCCAGCUGGAACGUACGCGCAAGUCUCGCCAGCCGUCAGCACGGACUCGUGCAAGGUCUGCAGCGGUACCUACGCG